ACGAAGUCCACAUAUACAGCCCCUUAGCAAACUCCCUCAAGAUCACCAUGGGCAUGACCGUGAAAACCAGCAAAAAACAAGACCCAUCACCUGCUUUUUUAGAAACAGUGGAUGAAAUCAUGAGACUCUAUAAAUCACUUCCGUCACGGCCCUCCAUUGAAGAAGUUGAAGCAGCCAUUUCUGUGAUCAAGACUGUCAACAGUGAAGAGCAGGCAAGGCUUGAUGAUAUUGCAGAGCUAGACUGUCCUCAAGAUGUCCCACAGGAACUCUUCUCCAUGCUACAACAAGCGAGAAAGAACGUGGUGUUGUUUCAAAGCCAAGAACAGAGAAAGGAGGUUCUUUACUUGGUUGAAGUUGACAAGAUGUUUGAGAACUUCGAUGGGUUGAUACAGAGAGUUUCUUUGUUGGUUUCUGGGGAUACCCAGAAGGAGAAACUGAUUUCUAUCAGUGAGUCAGUUGAAAAAACUGAGAAAGAAAGUGUGGUUAGUGAUGAAAGUUUGAUCAAGAAAAAAGAGCAUGGAGAAUCGGAUAAAGAUGGCUUCAAGGAUUUGGUGAAGAGCUCUUCCACGAAGGCUGCUUUCUUUUCGGGUGAAGUGAACUCUGAGAAGCUGAGUCUGAUGAAGGUGGCAGCAGUCAUAGAAAAAUCUGCAAAUACUGGAGCUGUAGUUCUUGAUCUUAGAGGCAAGUUGAUGGAUCAAAUUGAGUGGCUUCCUCUGUCACUUGGGAAAUUAUUGUUCAUUACUGAAUUGGACUUGUCUGAAAACCGAAUCAUGGCACUUCCAACCACCAUUAGCGGCCUCAAAGCCUUGACAAAGUUGGACGUCCACUCCAACCAACUAAUAAACCUUCCUGGGUCAUUUGGAGAGCUAAUCAAUCUGACCGAUCUUGAUCUCCGGGCAAACAGGUUAAGAUCACUGCCAGCUUCUUUUGUGAAGUUGACAAAACUUGAAAAUCUUGAUUUGAGUUCAAAUCAGUUCACUCAAUUGCCAGAGACUGUUGGGAGUUUGACCAGCUUGAAGAUACUAAACGUGGAUACAAAUGAACUUGAGGAGGUUCCUUACACAAUUGGAAGUUGCACGUCACUUGUGGAACUGAGAUUAGAUUUCAAUCAGCUCAGAGCACUUCCUGAGGCAAUCGGAAAGCUUGUAUGUUUGGAGAUUCUCGCUUUGCACUAUAACAGAAUUAGAGGGUUACCUACAACGAUGGGCCAUCUUUCCAACUUGAGGGAACUUGAUGUAAGCUUCAAUGAACUAGAAUCCAUACCUGAAAACCUGUGUUUUGCAGAAAAUCUCAAGAAAUUGAGUGUUGCCAAUAACUUUGCGGAUCUAAGAUCGUUACCACGAAAUAUUGGAAACCUCGAAUUGCUUGAGGAGUUGGAUAUAAGUGACGAUCAGAUAAGAGUCUUGCCAGAUUCUUUUAGGCUCUUGUCAAAAUUGAGAGUUUUUCGUGCUGAUGAAACUCCAUUGGAAAUCCCACCAAGACAAGUAACUAUUUUGGGCGCUCAGGCUGUUGUUCAGUUCAUGGACGACAUCGUUAACAAGAGAGGCGCAAACCGUCAAUUGUCGAAGAAGAAGGGGUUUUGGCACAGGGUCAGCUCAAUCCUUUGGCCUUUCAGGAGCAGCUAAGCCAUGUAGUUCACAAAACACUUGAAGUUAUAUGUUUAGCCUUGAUGUGCAUAGAUUUAUAUAUCAUUCCUUAAGACCACGCUGGUUUUGCUUGUUUCUAGUGUAAUGAGAGAAAAAAAAAAAAAAGAUCUCUCUAUAUAUAUAUUAUGUGAAACAAAAGUCAUCGAGUAAUGACAAAAUAUUGAUUUAA